CUGGGGAAAAACGCGAAGCUCCUAUGCACCGCAGUCGUGUGUAUACGCGACGUGCGUGCGCUCCGGUGUGUGCGUUGUUUUAAGGAUUCCAAAUUUUCUCUAUUGCGCACCCAUACGUACGCAUGCGGGCGUAUAGAUUUAUGUAUGCAUAAUAUAUAUGUCACAUGCUAUACAUACCCCAUCGAUAAGGAAAAGUCGAAAUUGGUGGCAGCAUAUACAUUUAGGGCGAAUGCGGUCAUGAGGUGGAGAAUCGGUGCGAUGGGAGCGAAAAUUGAGAUUGAGAGGAAGCGUGCAUGCGUAUGUGUGGCUGUGUGUGUGCGCGCUGGCAGUUCACUGGUGUGGCAGAGUGACGAGAUUGAAUGGAACAUAAAAAAUGCAGCAAUAAACAAGGGGGGGAGGCGCGCGCGAGAGCAUAAAUGACCCGAAGAGCUCAUAGAUUGAUAGGGAUGACAUCAUUUCUAUAUAUUUACCAAGUAUAGAGCGGGCCACCGACAUACAAUGGAGCGGUCUGUAUGCGCGGCGCAGCAUUAUUGGUGUUUGUUAGUAGCGUUUGCACUUGUUGUGUUCGACACUGCUAAAUUCUCGCAAUUCGUGUGUCAGAUUAGGUUUAAACUAGCUAGAUAAUCGCGGCUGACCUCUCUGUAUGGUUUAGAAGUGGACGGGGUAUAGCAGACGGUCAAAGUUUUCACAAAAAAUCGGAAGACUCACCCCGUAGGGCUGGGCAAGGGCUGGGCCAACACCUCGGUUCUCAAACAUCAUCAAGUGCAGAAAUCAAGAUGGCAACCGAAACCGAGACGGCAACGAUUCAUACAAAUGGUGGCCUGGAAACGGUAUCCGAGGAGGAGGGCACCAAGCCGCGCCCGGCCGACAUUGAGGCGGAUAUGCGAGAAAUGGAACGCCGCAAGCGGGUGGAAGCGAUCAUGAAUUCGCGCCUGUUCCGCGAGGAACUUGAACGAAUCGUGGAUGGGCAGAUGCGCGAAGGAUCGUCGACGAUACUGCAGCAGCUGUCCGAUAUCAUGGGCAUGCCGGCCGCCCGUAUCGGUAGCGUCUUCAAAAGCUCCAACUGUGUGGUACCGAUCAACGACAUCCGUGGCGUAGAGUCGAUGAGCUACGAGAAGGGUGAAAAGAUACUGCGCUGCAAGCUGGCCGCCACCUUCCGGCUGAUGGAUCUGUUCGGGUGGACGCAGGGUAUCGCGUGCCAAAUUACGGCCCGCCUGAAUGCCGACCAGGAGCUGUUCCUCGUCAACCCGUACGGUAUGCUGUUCCACGAGAUUACCGCUUCCUCUCUGAACAAGGUGAACAUGCAGGGACAGAUCGUCGAACAUGGUACAACCAACUUUGGCAUCAACACUAGUCAGUUCACCCUCCACUCCGUAAUCCAUGCUGCCAGACCGGAUAUUCGUUGUGCAAUAUAUGUGGCUUACAGUGCCGUAACCGCCGUAUCGGCACUGAAGCAAGGAUUACAGCCGCUCACGAAGCACACUGCCCUCCUGGGAGAACUAGCCUUCCACACGUAUGCCGGAGCACUGAACGAACCGGAAGAGAAGGACAAAUUGUUGCGCAGCCUCGGACCUGUCUCCAAGGUGUUGCUGCUGUCCAACCAUGGAGCAUUGUGUUGCGGCGAAACUAUCGAGGAAGCAUUCUACCAUGUUACACACAUGGUACAUGCCUGUGAAGCUCAACUAAAGCUGUUGCCGGUUGGGUUGGAGAACUUGAUUUUAAUUCCGGAGGAAACUCGCAAAGCUAUCUACGAUGCGGCUCGCAAACCAUCCGGAGAAGGCCACGAGGCAGCUGCUGCUCAAACUACGGAUAAUAAAGAAGGACAACUUUCGAAAACCCCGAAGUGGCGUGUUGGUGGUUCCGAGUUUGAGGCCCUUAUGCGUAUGCUCGAUAAUGCCGGCUUCCGUACCGGGUACAUCUUCCGCAAUCCGUUGAUCAAGGGCGAUAUUCCAAAGCCACGCAACGACAUCGAGGUACCACCAGCAGUGUCAUCAUUAGGCUAUUUAAUCGAAGAGGAGGAACUGUUCAAGCAGGGCAUUUGGCGCAAGGGAGACCCGCGCAAGGUUGGCGAUCGCACCCGUUGGUUGAAUUCGCCGAACGUGUACCAGAAGGUGGAAGUGCUAGAAACCGGUACACCGGACCCGAAGAAGAUUACCAAGUGGGUCGCGGAACCAUCUCCAACGCAUUCGUCAACUCCGGUUAAGAUCGAGCAUGCGCAUCAGUUUGUUCCGACCAACACCAAUCCGAGGGAAUUCAAGAGAAUUCAACAACAGAUUAAAGAUAACCGCCGCGCAGAUAAAAUAUCGGCUGGACCACAGUCACACAUUCUCGAGGGUGUCUCGUGGGAUGAGGCAAACCGGAUGAAAGAUGCAAACGUGUCCGCUGCUGGGGACCACGUCGUACUGAUGGGUGCCGCCUCGAAGGGUAUUAUUCAGCGUGGCUAUCAGCACAACGCCACGGUGUACAAGGCACCGUACGCAAAAAAUCCAUUCGAUUCCGUAACAGACGACGAACUGAACGAAUACAAAAAGACGGUCGAAAAGAAACGGCACGGUGAUGGCACCGAUACAGAUUUCUCCGAAUCGGAAGCACUUAGCUCAUUGCAGAUUAGUGGCCCUGCCAAGGGCGCAUCGCUCGUCAGCCCGCCAAGUCAAUCGGAACAGGAAGACACAACGGCAGAACAUCACGUCCUAAGAAUAGAAACUAAGCAAGCGCCCAAACCAAGCCAGCCAGAGGUAGUACUAAGCGACGGCGAGCAAGUACAAAAUGGCGAACAAUCCGAUGCACAUAUGAGCACCUUCUCGCACAGCAGCAAAGAGUUGCAGGAUAUUUCUACCGAUGGAUCCCCUAAGAAGGACAAGAAAAAGAAGAAGGGCUUAAGGACACCAUCGUUCUUGAAAAAGCGAAAGGACAAGAAACGCGUCGAGUCCUAAAUGCGUUGCUCCAUUCGCUCCAGAGCAUGGACAUACAAUGGCUGACAGAGCAUAUAGGGGAGAGGAGGAGCUUUUGUGUUUUCUUCAUAAAGUGACGAGACACCUUUUUUCGUGGGUGUUUUUCCUAACACUCGCCGGAAAAAAGUAUAGUAACGAUCUUACGCGUGUUCGUUUAAUUUUGAAGAAAAUGCAAUGCACCAAUAUCCAUCACACGAUUUCCUGUACGACGAGAGCCGCGCAACCAACACGACUCGAUCAUAAAAAAGGCCCAUUAUUAUACCCCGUAUUAGUAUGUAAGUUUGCUGUCUAGAAGAGCGAGAGAGAGAGAGAGAGAUAGACAACAAACUAUUUCUUUGUUUUUUUUUUCAUUUGUAUUGUUUUUCAUUUUAUUUUUACAAGUUUUGUUUGUUGUAAACUGUUUUCCCCCCCUUCGUUAGAGCGUACAAUUUACUGAAAAGCAUCAUCGAAUGCAGAAAAAGGUUAAAACACAGUUGAAUACUUGGCAACUGGGGGGACACGGUGUGUAUGCAUGGUAUUGUAUGAAAUUGGACAAGUGCUCUGAAACUGAAAGAAUACACAGUUAAAGUUAGUAAAGCGCGUGGUAAGCGUAAUAUGAAUUGCUAUUUAUGAAUCAGGCACGAUGAAAUGAAUGUUAUGUAUUUAUGUUUUGCGGGCAAAAAUCGCGCAUUAAUAACAAGGCCAGAAUAGAGAAAUUCACACCAUAAUGCUGCAGCACGCACUGGUUGUCCAGUGUGUGAACGUACGUGCCGUUGAGGGUCGUUCGAUUACGAAUUUGGACAGUACUGUCCCGGCUGCGCAGUUAUUGAACGUGAAUACAAAAAUCCAAGCAGAAAGAGCUUUUUGUAUGUGGUGUUUGCUGCAUCUCGCUUUCAUCUGUUUAUCUCCCCCACCCUGCCGUAGACAUAAAUGCGAAUAUGCAAUCGCUGAAAAUGAUAUAUAAUGUUUUUUUUUCCUCUUUCUAUUUUUAUUUAAUUAUAACUUUAUUAUAAUACAUACGAUUGCAGUGUGGGUGUGGUGAGCUUCAAAACAGGCUAAAACAAAUAGAGAAAAAACACACACGAAUUCAAUGAUAUUUCGCCUGGACUCAUGGAGGGCAAAUGGGAGUAUAAACUGCAUAAACGUUGACAAUGAACUUAUUCAUCCCGCGCAUUACACACAAUGAAUGAAGCUGAAUCACUUCGAAAGCAUUGCCAGCUUUUCCUUCGUAAAUGAAUGAUAAAACAAACAAACAAACACAGCCGAAAAUAAAUCGAAGUAGAUAUACUGAAAAAAAAAAUUAACAGAUAGUUAGAACCGAACGAGAAAACGAAAAAAAAAACGAUGAGAAACAAUAGAUACAGAGCAAAAUGGAGAUCAUGGUGGGCAUCUCUCGAUGUGCCGCAUGCUAAAAGUUUUAGUAAGAAAUCAAAAUCAUCCAACAUGUAGCUUCUUUCCGUUUCGCAUCCUCUAACGUAUAAUGUACUGCAUCUUCUUUGGUCACCCACCCAUAUUCACGCCAGGGUGGCGAUUCAGAACGAAAGAAAUAGCAUAACGGAUCAUCUUCGAACGAAAUAAUAGAACGAAUAACUUAAAGAGGAAGGAAGCGAUAAAAAGAGAAUAGAAAAAAACACACACAAGAAAAUCAUAACGAACAAGACGUUAAACUAAACUAGCUAAGAAAGAAGUCAGUUGAACAUGAUAUAUAUCCCCACACAAGUUGUUGAAAGUGAUGGUGAACUAGAGAACGAGCGAAGGAAAGAGGUGAGGAAACGCAUUUGCAUGGCAUGCUAAGAUUGCAUAAAUAGCUUUUUUACUACCGAUGAAACGUCUUCGUUUUAUUUUGUUUUGUUUAUUUUGUUCGCUGUGGCUUACAUUUAAUUAAUGCGAGAAGUUUAAUUUUACGUGCUACCCGUUGCUACUACUACUACUACCGCCUUUAGCCUUUUCGUGCGUAUUUGAUAAAUUGGUAACAUUAGCCGUUUGUUACCAUAUCGUGUGAUAGGAUCGCUUCUCCUGACACUGGCGUACUGUGAAGGCGAAGCUUUAUCGGUGUGCCGUGAAAUUAAAUUACAACUAGACGCGUUGCGCCUCGGAUUUCAUACGCGUACCUCGACAUUUUACUCCUCUUCAUAUGGCCUCUAUUAGGAUGUUUCUACGUCAGCUGUUCGGGUUUGUUACAUUAUGCCCCGGUAGUAAGGAUACGAGUACUUUGUGCAUUUAAAUUUGUUUGCUUCCUUCUCGCCGUAAGUUGCGCCAGACGUUCGUUAUUGCGUUUAAAUAUAAGAAGAUGGAUUUAAUCCUAAGCAAAACAUCAAAACCGUAUAGUGUGUAGUAUGCGGUAUGAAGGGGGCGCUAUACGGUUGCGUUUGCUUGCGUGGGCCUAUUGCGUAUGUGAGUUGAAGUGUAGCUUCUGAUACGCAACGAUAUUAACUCGUCUGCCGAAGGAAGCAUUUAUCGAUAAGAUUUCGGUGAAACGUUUAAAAUUUGUUGUGUAUGUUUGGUUGUUCUUUUUAUCCCCCUUUUUUUCUCUCUCUCUCUAGAGGGAACAAUUUUCAAUGAGAAAAGAAGAGAGAGAGAGAAAGUAUUGUGUAAGCUUUUCUGCUCUGUGCUUUUUCUUAAAAAAUCUUUCAUCAACAUAUAGGAUAUUUACAAAAAGAAAACAAGAAACAUGAAAUCCCGAAACUCGUAAUAAACCAUUUUACUGGUUCGUCUCGUGCUGAUAGAUGACGUUCCCUGAUAGAACUUAAAAAAGAAGGGAAAAUACAGACCAUUAGAAUGGAAGAUAAAAGAAUUGGUAACACGUGGUGCGUAUGAUGCUUUGAAAGGGAAAGACGUAUUUUGUGCAAAAGCGAGUGCGUGUGUAAUGCAAAUUAAGAGAACCAACAGUGACUGCUUUUUUUUGUAAGUGAGCAUAUAUAUAUAUGAAUGUACAUCCCUUGUAGGUUCUGAUCGUUCCUUGUGCUAUUUUUUUCCUAUUCGCAAAAUUGAUAUAUGCAACCUGGAACACCACAAGACGCUACUCGGUUCGUGUUAAACUAUUUCGAUGCUUGAAUAUUAUUUACAAAACGGAUCGGAUUAAACAACAAAAAAUGCGAUAGGAAAAUCCCUGACAAUGACAAUGACCACAGCACACAGCAGAGCGGCAGAUAUUUAUUAUUAUUAUUAUAUACUAGUGUUACGUGGCUGGUUUUCGCAACAACAACAAAACAGUGAUGCUUUGAAAUAUGGAGUGGUGUGUUUGAAUAUUGCGAAAAGAUUUGGAACGAAGAAACAAAAAGGAAAAGGAAAAUCAAAAUUAAAUAUUGCUUUUAUUUCUUGUUUGUUCGUUUUUGCAUUUAAUGAAACAAUUAAACGAAAAGCCACACACGCGAUCUUUCACACUGGCGCAGGCGUAAAAGUGUGUGUGUGUGGGUGUGAGGAAUUUGUUUUGCGUGGUUCGAUUUUAUUACGAAUUAUGGCUUUUUUCCUUUUUUUUCGUGUGUAGGAUUCCGUUCCGUAAUACCAUUUGCUGGCACAAAUUUAGCCGUUAGUGAAGUAAAACACAAAACGCAAAUGAAAGGAUAAAUAAAACAAUU